AGGAGAAGGAGGAGGAGGGAGGGCAGCUCCGCUCAGGCGUCUCAAGAAGAAACGUCUCUAUUUACAGUGUUUCUCCACACCGCCUCUCUUCUGUACAAACACGUUCGACGUAACGCCUCUGCGACUCCGUUCCUUUGGCGAAGCGACGCAUUAGUAGCCGCACAGAAAGGGACUGCGAGCUCCGCUGGUUACACAUAAGCACAGAUUUCGUGGCCAUAUCCGCGGCAAUAUUUGUAUUUUUUCCUCCUUGUUUUCCUCUGCGUGUCGAAGUGGACGGAGGCUGACAUCUGAAGUACCAGUCAGUAUAGAGGAUGGCUUUCUUAUCGCUCAUUUUCAUGCUCUGCGUUCUACCGUCUCUCACUGUGGCUGCACAUAAUUCAACAACUGGAGGCUGUGCUAUAAUUCGUCCUCCGAGAGACGGAGGCAUUCGAUACAGAGGCCUGACACAGGAGCAGAUCCGCAGUGUGCAGAUCCUCCCAGUGGACUAUGAGAUUGAGUACAUCUGCAGGGGGAACAGAGUAAUUGUGGGCCCCAAAGUGAGGAAGUGUCUCCCCAACGGCACCUGGACAGACAUCACACUGCGCAGCAGAUGUCUGCUUCAGUGCCCACGGGUGUGGACGUCCCUGGAGAAUGGGUACGUGGUGUCGUGGACCCCGGGGCUCCCGGCGGAGGGGACCGUCCUGCAGUACAGCUGCCAGGUGGGCUUCCGAAUGGUGGGACGCAAUUCCACCGUAUGCACCAAGCUGGGGAAGUGGGACUCGCCCAAACCUGUCUGCCACUCCGUCACCUCCGAUGAUGACCGGCAUUACUCAGGCAAAAAGAAACUCUACAUCGGUGCCCUGUUCCCCAUGAGCGGCGGCUGGCCGGGCGGACAAGCGUGUCUCCCAUCAGCUCAGAUGGCUUUGGAGCUGGUCAACAAGAGGACUGACAUUUUACCAGAUUAUGAGCUGGAGAUGAUAUACUAUGACAGUAAGUGUGAUCCAGGUGAGGCCACCAAGCUGCUGUAUGACCUGCUCUACACGGAGCCCAUCAAGAUAGUUCUGAUGCCCGGCUGUAGCUCUGUGUCCACGCUGGUAGCCGAGGCUGCGCGGAUGUGGAACCUCAUCGUGCUGUCCUACGGCUCCAGCUCUCCAGCCCUGUCCAACCGGCAGCGCUUCCCCACCUUCUUCCGCACCCACCCGUCCGCCACGCUCCACAACCCCACCCGCGUGCAGCUCUUCCAGAAGUGGAAGUGGACCAAGAUCGCCACCAUCCAGCAGACCACGGAGGUCUUCACAUCGACUCUGGACGAUCUGGAGCAGAGGGUGAAGGAGGCUGGCAUAGAGAUUAGUGUGAGGCAGAGCUUCCUCACUGACCCUGCUGUGGCUGUCAAGAACCUCAAGCGUCAGGAUGCCCGCAUCAUUGUUGGACUCUUCUAUGAAACGGAAGCUAGGAAAGUCUUCUGUGAGGUUUUUAAGGAAAAGCUGUACGGGAAGAAAUAUGUGUGGUUUCUCAUCGGCUGGUAUGCUGACAACUGGUUCAAGAUCAAAGAUCCGUCCAUUGACUGCUCGGUGGAGAACAUGACGGAGGCGGUCGAGGGGCACGUCACCACCGAGAUUGUCAUGCUGAAUCCAGAAACUGUCCGCGGAGCCUCUAACCUGACGUCUCAAGAGUUCCUGGCGCAACUGAUGUCUCGGCUUGGCGGGAAGAACCCUGAGGAGACGGGAGGGUUCCAGGAGGCACCUUUAGCCUACGACGCGGUGUGGGCCCUGGCCUUAGCCCUCAACAAGACCGUGGGUGCCCUGAAGGCCAAAGGCCGGCGGCUCGAGGACUUCAAUUACAACAACCAGGAUAUCACAGCUGAGAUUUACAGGGCUCUCAAUACGAGCUCCUUCGAGGGAGUAUCUGGUCAUGUGGUGUUUGACGCCCAGGGAUCCAGAAUGGCCUGGACUCUCAUUGAGCAACUUCAAGGAGGGAGCUAUAAGAAGAUUGGAUACUAUGACAGCACUAAAGGGAACCUCUCCUGGUACGGCAAUGACAAGUGGAUAGGUCCUGGCCCUCCUGCCGACCAGACUGUUGUAAUCGAGGAGUUCCGGUUUUUGUCUCAGAAGCUCUUUGCAUCCGUGUCUGUCUUUGCCGGGCUGGGCAUCCUUCUAGGCAUCGUAUGUCUCACCUUCAACAUCUACAACAGCAAAGUCAGGUACAUCCAGAACUCCCAGCCCUACCUAAACAACAUGACAGCAGUGGGGUGCAUGAUGGCCCUGGCUGCUGUGUUUCCGCUCGGUAUCGACGGGCUCCACGUUCACAAGUCGCAGUUCCCCGUCGUGUGCCAGUUCCGCCUCUGGUUGCUGGGGCUGGGCUUCAGCUUGGCCUAUGGAAGCAUGUUUACUAAGAUCUGGUGGGUGCACACGGUCUUCACUAAAAAGGAUGAGAAGAAAGAGAAGAGGAAGCAGCACCUGGAGCCCUGGAAACUCUACGCCACCGUGGGGGUCCUGCUGGCGGUAGAUGUCCUGUCGCUCAUGAUCUGGCAAAUUGUGGAUCCCUUGCACAUCACAGUCGAGAAGUUCACAAAGGAGGCUCCGAAAGGCGACCUGGACGUUCUGAUCCAGCCACUUCUGGAGCACUGCAGCUCCAAGAAGAUGAACACGUGGCUCGGAGUGGUCUAUGGCUACAAGGGCUUGCUGCUGUUGCUGGGGAUAUUCCUGGCCUACGAGACAAAGUCUGUCUCCACGGAGAAGAUAAACGACCACAGGGCUGUAGGAAUGGCAAUCUAUAACGUGGCUGUGUUGUGCAUGAUCACAGCCCCCGUCACGAUGAUCCUGUCCUCCCAACAGGACGCGUCCUUUGCCUUUGCAUCGCUGGCCAUAGUCUUCUCUGUGUACAUCACACUGGUCGUGCUGUUUAUCCCCAAGAUGCGUAGGCUGAUCACCCGGGGAGAAUGGCAGUCUGAGCAGCAGGACACCAUGAAGACGGGCUCCUCCACCAACAACAACGAUGAGGAGAAGUCACGGCAGCUGGAGCGCGAGAACAGGGAGCUGCAGAAGAUCAUCCAGGAGAAAGAAGUGAGGGUGUCCGAGCUACGCAACCAGCUAGCGGAGCGUCAAGCUCUGCGCUCGCGAAGGCCUCCUUCCUCCCAGAACCAAAACCACAGUACCCCACCCCCUCCUUCCUCCCAGAACGACCCGAAGUCCCUUCUGCCCCCACCCGGGUACCCCAUCCCUCCUUCCGACAACCACUCUCUCCCUCCGUCCUUCUCCAACUCAUCCAGCCUGUACCAGGCAGACAGCAAGAUCAGUCGCAACCACUGCCACAACAGCCGGCUGCAGCUGCUCUACAAGUAGGUGUCGGGGGCGAGGGGAGGGUGCGCGGCACACGGGGGGAAAGGACCCCAGACGGCACUCUCAGCCGUGACAAGAGUGGGAUUUAACUGGGAGGGAUGGGUCUUCUAACUGGGCUCCGCAACCAGGAAAAAGCUGUUGCCCUCCUCCUUGUCCGUCGCUCUCUGCCUGCCUUCUGAUUAAAGCGUAACUCGGAGCGUUGCUGAAAAUCCGCUAAACUGUAAUAAUGCCAUGAAACAACGUUAUAUCACCUUCAGUAUGUUUUGGUCUGUGCAUGACAUUCAUCGUUUCUAAAGUGGAGUGAAACAAGGAGACGGUAUUUGAAAGCGAAACCCGAGAGUGUGUGUGCGUGCGUGUGUGUGUGUGUGUGUGUGUGUGUGUGUGUGUGUGUGCGUGUGUGUGUGUGUGCGUGUGUGUGCGUGCGCGCGCGCGCGGAAGGGCCGCGUUCACCGACACACUGCAGCGUGUCUCUUGAAGCCAUAGAAAAGCACGUAACACACUGCUCCGGUCAUUCGGGCCAUGAUUCUCCCGGCUUUUGUUUUCAGAUAAUAACUUAGCAUUUGUAGGGACGUUCAGAUAUGUCUCCUCAAUUAUGUUUGGUUUCGGUGGAUAAUACGGAAGGGGGGGCUCUGUUUAAUCACAGCAGCCCUUUAUCGCUGGAUCGGCUCUGCGCUCAUAUGCAUGGAGACGAGACCUGUACUGCGGCGGAGCGCGAGUGCCGCUUUAUCUCUCCUCCCUGGUGUGGUGACGCUUAUUACGCUGCUCCCCUCACAAAGGAGCGGUGACGUCUCGUGCCCCGUGUGCAAGCGGAGCGUAAUGAAAGAGGGUCUCGGCACAGCAGGCCGAUACUUCAAUUUAUCACAGCCGUUGGCUCGGGUUCGCCGCAAAUUUCUAGUCGGCUAAAGAUGCUGACGGCCGCCUGACCUUUACCACAGCCAAGGUUGGAGGAUGGAUGGAUGGAUGGAUGGAUUUACGUUGCUUUUCACCUUUUGUCUGACCUGCUUGUAUUUUUUUUCCCCUAAUUUUCUGUUUGAUUAUUUAAGGUUUUUUUCGCAGAACACUUUUUUACUGACUUCACUUAACGUGCCUGGUUUUUAAUCACUGAAAAUCUUUUGUAGUGCUUUUUUUUGUUUUGUUUUGUUUUCUGUUUAGACACAAUAUUAUCAAAAUGUUUGUUUAUUGAUUAUGGGUGUCUGUCCAGAAAAGCAAUGUCAUUAACAGUGAUACUUGUAUAUAUUAUAGUUAUUUUAUUUAUAGUAAUAAAUAUUAUUACAUAUAUUUAUUAUUAUAAAUUAUUAUUAUUAUUGAAUAUUAUUACCGUAAAUGUAUUCUUAUGUAUUUUCAUGAUUGUAUUCCUCUUUGCUUGGGGAACUUGUAGUGAAUAGUAAAUGUUUCCAUUUACUAUCGCUGUGUUUGGUGAAUUUGAG